AUGUUUGGAGAGUGCAUAGUUAUAUUAUUUGAAAGCAUAUAUUUGGCUAUUCUAAAAUUUUAUGAAGUAUGCCUUAUAUGUAAUUAAUUAGUAUAUUGGAUUAGGAUGUGUAGUAUUGUUAUUGAUUGGAUUAUUAUUAAGACAUUUGAAGCAUUUUCGAAGUACUAAAAUUGUAAUAUAAGGACUGUUGAAUAUUGAAUAAGAUUGCUCCAAUUGCAAAUAAUUCAUAAUUUGUUAGUUUUGCCAUCAUUGUUAGACGAGUGCAAAUCAUUAUGAGAUAAUAUAAAUGUGUUUGAAUUUUGAAUAAAUUAAGUAAGAGAUAAAAAAUAUUAUAUUGGAAGAUUAGUGAAAAGAGGGAUGGUAUUAUUGUUGUUUAAGAUAAUGAGUUCAGUGAUUUUAGAAUUGUAUACAGUUUUAAGAAUAGAGAAAACCAUAAAUUUCUAUUAAAUUUAUUAGGCAGCAAUAAUAGCAGUAUUAUUUGUGAAUUCAAUUCUUUUUUUAUUGUUAAUGUAUUUUGGAUGGCGAGUUUAUGUAGAAAUAAGAAAUAAGUCUAUAAUUAAAACAUCUCCUGAGGGAUUUAGAGAAAUGGAAUAAUAGUCAUGUGCAAUUUAAUAGUUAGAAAAAUCAAGAUAAAAAGAGGAAUAAAAGAAUCCUACUCCAGAUUAAGUAGAAUUAGAAGACAAGGGUUCUGUUUUUAUUUCAAUUAAUGAGAAUAUGAGUCCAGCGAUGCUAAAAUUAGUAUUUGAAUAAGUAAAUCAAGAAAUCCAGUUUAAGUCCCAGUCCAGGGAAUUAUAGGUCUGGGAAAAUACUUGAC